AUGCAUGGAGGUAUCAAACACUUGGAAAAGCGGUAUAAAUUGAUCCACAACAGGAUAUCCUUUGCCAUGAUUCACACGCUGGCCUACUACAACCUGGUUUUCAAGACUGGUGACUCUGGCACAGACGAGGAUGUCUAUGCCCAAAUCAUCGCCUACUACUCGAGGUCUAACAUCAAGAUUCUGAAGGUCAAGGACAAGAGUUUGAGUUUCAAACCAGGGAGUAUUGACAAGUUCAGUGUGUUCACAACCGACUAUGGGGUCAUUGAGAAGGUGGUUGUCGGGCUUGCGAAGACCCCACCCGACAGGGAAUGGAAUCUCUCUUCGGUGUCCAUUAUUGAUCACUUCAGAGAUGACGUCAUUACUACCAACUCGAGCAGUUGGCUGCUGUCAAAAUCAACACAGACGGAAGUCACCAUCGAUUUACCAGUCAACGGAAACUGGGGUGAAUGGCAAGCAUGGAGCACAUGUUCAGUCACAUGCAGUAUAGGGACGAGGAUGCGAUCACGUGACUGUGAUAAUCCCGCUCCUCGGCAUAACGGGCGUAGCUGUGAGGGGUCAGCGAUACAGACGGAACGCUGUGAUUCGCGGGUACAGUGCCCAGAUCCAGAGGAUAAUUUCAAAUCGGCGAUGGCUGAUUUAUUUGGAUCAGAUAAUGAGAGCCUGUCGCUCGCAGACGUUUCAUCAAAAACCGACGACCUUUUCAAAAGUUUGGAUAGCCUCAACCGGAAGUAUGUAGUCUUAGAAAUGGAUGGCUGCCAGAUUGGAAUGGCCCAGUUCGGAGACAACUCCACAAGACAAACGGUCGAAACUAAGAUGAUGUCCCUUUCGUUUGGGGCAGAUUUUAUGAACAAUAUUUUUGAUGCGACGGAGGGUGCCGUCAAACUUAAGUUUGCAUCAUUCGAUUCCACAAAACUGAAAAAAGGCAACGAGACAGAAGAGCUAGAGGUGGAAUGUCCCGUUGUCAAGCUACAAAUAGAACAGGAAAGCGGCGCCAAGGUUGAAGAUGUCAAGGACGUUGCAUUUGACCUUGGCCUUCCUAACACUGGUGGACCCAAAGAGGAUGACGUCAUUGCAAACAAAAUGACCUUGACUCCUGGGAAAAGCAUCACACAGAAUGUAACGAUUGUGACCAGAGGAUGCACGGUGCAGGCAUUCUUUCAACUUCCUGAUGAUGUCAUAUCCGAUUAUAGGUUAAAGGUCAACAUCAACGAAACUGCGGGAGCAGAAUUUACCAUUUUCGCUAACAAAACCGUGGAACAAACAGGCAGAGGGGAGCUAAACGUUAUAAAUGUAAAUGCCUACUUUCAAGAUGGCGCAAGCAAUUUGAUCGUUAUGGUACCAGGAAAGCAAGCAGUAUCAGCGCCAUUUAAUGCCAUUAUGUCACUGACACUAUUCCCGGGGACGAAUUCAUCACAUAUAAUCAAGAGGCGCCACAAAAGGUCGAUUGAAAAUGAUACAGAUGUUGGAAGUUCUGUUGGUCUCGGCGCAGUGGCGUUCAUCCCCAAAAUGCUGGACCCUGUCACCAAUGAGUGGAUAGAGGUCCCCGACGGGCUUGAGGUCUCGCGAGAUUCAUCCAUCAAAAACGUGAAGUUCAAGAGCAACUUCUUCGGCUGCUUCAGCGCUAACAUCUUCGUCCCUCCGAACACGAUAGACUUCAGCGCAGUCUUUGACAACUUUGGCGCCAAACUCGCGGAAAACUUCACGGUUCUUCUCUCCAUCUGCAUCAUGGUCGGCUGCUUUAUCUUCUGCGGGAUUAUCAUGCACAGGAAAGACAGAAAAGACGAUAUUCUGUUCCAGUUUGAGCCCCUGGCUGACAACGACUCACAACACGUGUACACAUACACCAUGACAGCAUUCACGGGCGUCAAAACCGGAGCCGGAACUACGUCACGGAUACACUUCGAGCUGAUUGGUGAAUGGGGAUCGACUGGACAUCGUAUCAUGUCGGAUGGAUUUAGAGAGAAUUUUGCCACUGGGUCGGUCAGCAACUUCGUUCUAACGACACAGGCCCCACUGGGAAGAUUAAUUCGGAUGCGCAUAUGGAUUGAAGAGCGGGGUCGAAAUCCCGACCCGGGCUGGUUCCUGGAGAAAGUUAAUGUCGAGGAGGUACACAUGGAAAGAAUCUUCACCUUCAUGUGCAACCAAUGGUUCGACAAGCGUCGAGACGACCACAAGACGUCCCGAACACUGCCUGAGAUUAGUCACGAUAAGAAAUACUUGGCGUUCAUUCACAGGUCAAAAGUAAAUGGAGCAAUGGACAACCACGUGGUACUCUCCCUGUUCCGUAAGACUGGCCAAAGCGACUACACGCGCACCCAGCGUCUCUCAGUCUUCUUCUGUAUGUUGGCUAUGGUCAUGGUAGCCAAUGCCAUGUGGUUCAAAACUGACUCAGUAGAGGGCGCUAAUGUCAAUUUUGAGGCACGUGACGCGCACCUGUUGCCAAGAUGGUGUGCCUUCAUUGCCUGGUUCUUGGUCUUUGUGACGCUCUUCCUCUCCUUGUUCUUCACCUUCCUCUACAGUAUGCAGUGGGGCCCGGAGAAAGCCAACGAGUGGUUGAAGACAUUCUGCUUGUCGAUAUUUCAGAUUGUAUUCCUCAUGGAUCCAGUUGCGUUGUUACUGACGUAUCUGUUUAUGCGGAAGAUAGUCGACGGGUUGAAAAACUCAAACAAGGUGUCCCACGCUGACAUCGUUGAUGGUAUCUUGGACAAAAACAGCGCCCAGGCGAAACGGAUGAAGCGCGAAAGAGAAAACCAGAAACGACUCUCAAGCACCAUCCGGGAACUUACACUGUUUGUCAUGUACCUCUUCCUCCUACUGGUCAUCUGCUCCGAGUCACGUGACUCGUUGACAUAUUGGCAAAACAAGGCUUUGAAGGAGCUUUUUGGCCUUUCUCCUCCACCUGAGCUGUGUAAAAUGAAGACCUUUGACGAAUACUGGGACUGGGUCCACAAGAAGAUUCUGCCGAAUAUCUACCCGACUGUUGGAUACAAUAACGAAGAACUGAAUGGCACCGCCCUGGACUUUGUAACAGGACACCAACAUUUGCGUUUAGGACCUUCCAGAAUAAGACAGAAGAGGGUCAAAGAGGGUUCCUGCAGAGCUCCCAUGAGAGAAUUGAGGAGACUUACUCGUUGUAACCCAGGCUACAGCAAAGAUUCCGAAGACAAGGCUUCGUAUCUCCCUAAUUGGGUAAACGUUUCUGCAGAUCUUCACAAGAAAACUGAGAAGUCCGACCCAUUCGUCCGUGCAUUUCAUUACCGCAGCCCCGAAGAAUUGCGAGCACUUCCGGUAGCAGGUGAAAUCUACGAAUACGAUGGAGGAGGUUACGCUAUCACAUUGGGGACGGACUACGCAGACGCAGCCGCCAUCUUUAAUCGUCUGUUUCAGACAAACUGGUUGGAUGAACUCACUCGAUUCGUCAUAAUCGAGUUUACGCUUUUUAACGGUUUUACGAAUUUAUUCAGUUCAGUUAAGAUCAUUGCUGAAGUACCAGAGACUGGUGGGAUAUUCAUCAUCCAGCAAGGCGUAGAGACCUAUCGUCUGUAUAACUAUGUUGGCGGUAUUGGCCUCGUUCUGAUGAUGAUCCAGAGCAUUUGGCUCGUUGUUGUUAUGGCAACCUGUGCACAGACUGUCAUCGGGAUUUGCAAGCAUCGGGGGAAGUUUUUCAAGAACUUUUGGAAUGUGGUUGAGUUGACUAAUCUGUUCUGUGCCAUCAUGAUCCUAGUAACAUUUUCGAUACGGAUCUCGAUGACAAUACAUGCAGUUGAAGAACUAAAGAACAACCAAGGAAAGUUCGUUAUUUUCGACUACGUGAUUAGCUGGGUGAAAGCCACAGUCCUCUUCCUCUCUCUGGAAGCCUUCAUCAGCAUCAUGAGGCUGUUCAAAUUCCUAGGGUUCAACCGCCACAUCGCCAUGUUGUCUGCUACACUGAAGAUAUCGGCAUUUGACGUGGCCUCAUUUAACAUGCUGUUUGCGAUCGUCUUGAUGGCCUAUCUUACUGCAGGUCACAUGUUCUUCGGUCACAUGUACGGCAUGUUCCGAGACUGCUGGCGGUCAUUGGAGGUCCUCUUCGGGAUGUCUCUCGGCCCUCUCACAUUCAACGAUAUCUUCGAAGACGACCACAACGUGCUGUACCUUUCGAGGACUUUCUACACCACGUUUAACGUCAUCGUCAAAAUAGGUCUGCUGAGUCUAUUUAUUUCGCUUUUAAAUGACACUUACUCCAUGGUGUUGGCAAAUGAGGAUCUCUAUAAGUAUGAUAAAGAGCUUGUUGAGCAUAUGAGAGAGAGGAUCAAGUUACUGUGGGGGAUCUUUGAGGGGCGGUUGACUUCGGCGAUCCCAGAGAGAAAGAAGGAAGAGAAGGAGCCUCAGGAUCGCCCUGUUGAAAUCAUGGGAAGGAAGAGGUCGAUAAUGAUCACGGACAACAACCUGAAGUCGAUGCUAAAGAAUGUCGACGAGACGGUUCUUGCUAUCACCACAAGAGUGGACCUCAUCGAGUACCUGGUCACCCAGAUGGAAAACAACAUGUCCGUCGGCGAAAGAUUCCAAUACUUCCGAGAUCUCGACCAGACGAGAUUUUGCAAGCUCGAUCCAGGCGACAUCUAUGAGCAGCAAGAAACAACUUUCAAUAUUUGCAAUGACGUCACUUCGUCACCUGAUGAAAAGGAUGUAAAAGCAGUGACGUUUGCUACCAGAUUGAAGGAUUCUAACUCACAAUCGGAACUCACCAAAGACGUGUCCCUGCAAGUAAAGUCUAAGGGCCUACAAGGUCAGGGUACGUUGACUCUUGAGGACGAGAAGUGGAAGUAUAGAACUAGUGAAUGGAAUUACGACUUGAAGACCGAGGAUGGACAGGUCCCAGACCCCUUAAUCGUCGCGGAAGUUGGGACCUGCUUGUUUCAUCCGAAUGUUUCCGAAUCUGUCGUCAACGGUAACGAGACUCUGAUCCACAUGCCUGAUAGCGACUCUGUUGGCUUGUUGGAUUCCGUACGGGAGAGUGACCGGGUCGUGGGACUUGUCCCCAUCACGUAUUCGAUCCCACACUCUGGCGAUCUAAGUCUGCCUGCUCCCAUACAAAAGAAACUAGAAACCAUCGGAAUCAUCUUGGAUGGAGAUGGUACAGAUGUUGAUGGGGAACACCACCUAGCGAUGCCGAACGAUGCUGAAUUUGGACAACACCAGGUGGCGCAUUCAAGCCAAUCUGGUCUGCCCCCAAUCAGUCCACCAAUGGAUGGCGCUGGUGAUUGCCGCGAGAUCACGAAAUUGGACGAUGAGAUCGGGAGGUUGAACCUCUUCCAGGAUCCACAGCAUAACUAUUGUGAAAUGGUUUGGGAUGGGUCAAAUGAUAAGAUACCCCUUAUUUUUAUGCCGGAUGAAAAGUGA